CCUGUCCCUCUGGUGGCCAGUGACUCCUUCCUUCUGGACAGGGGCCCAAGAGACUCCAGGAGCAUAUAAGGGGAGGGAAGGAGCUCCAGGCACAAGAUACCCAGGGCGAAUUCCCUCGGCCAGACCUCCAUAUGUUCCAGCCGCACGCCAUGCUGCUCUUGCUGAUCCUUGCUGUCCUGGGGACACCUGCCUUUUCCACAGAAACUUACUAUGGCACAAAAACUGGCACCCACUUCUGCACUUCUGUACCCGAAGGACAGAACUUAACAGGGAUUCGGAUGUAUGUUCGGAAUAGCAACAUUAUGGGUAUGCAGAUGCAACAUGGAGGCAACUGGGGUCUAUUAUAUGGCUAUUCUGAUGGAAAUCCUUUGGAAUUGAUCCUGGGUGAUGAUGAAAGUGUCAUGUCGGUCUACGGCACUUACGGCUAUUACAUACAGCAAUUGAUCCUUUCUACUACCAGGCCACGUGAUAUGUAUUUUGGGAAUACCAGGGCCAAAAAUGAGUUCGCCGACUCCCCUCAAAAUCCCUCCCAUGAGCUCUUGGGUUUCUGUGGCUAUUAUGUGAGGGGUGGAUUAAGGGCUGUCCUUCCUAAGUGGGGGAGUCCAGGUGGUUCAUGUAAAGAGUAAGGCUCAUGGGCACACAAGCUGAAGUAGUCUGUGUCUGAUAACACCAUUGGGAUUUUGGGACUGAACCCACUAAUAAAUAGUACAUCUGCAUGAA